GUUGCUUGACUUCCAUUUUCAAUUUGAAAAAUGAAUCGAGAACUUCGCAUAUUUGAUCUUGUGCUUAUUGUGGGAAUUGGUGUGACGUUGGGUCAAGCCGGCAGGAUUUUUCCGCCAAGUGGCUUAUAUAUAGAACUUGAGCAAGAGUACUCAUGGUUUGAUGCCGCUAUGAAGUGUGCGCAAAUGAAUAUGUCUCUGCUGGCAUUGGAUUCACAGGAAAUGAUAAAGACACUGGCAGGCCUAUCCUUUGACGAAGGAAGGUUUGGAAAUCCCAUCAUGUGGUUGGGUGGUACUUCGCUUGCCAAAAAAGGAUUUUACGAAUGGAUAUCAACGGGUGCCUCUUUUGUGUUGACCACUGCUAACCAUCAAAACCGGUGUGUGGUGUUUGUUCCCGUUGGCAAUGGCAAAAGGUCUGUCGAAUGCAACGAGAACCAUGGAUUUAUUUGUGAGCCAAAUCGCAUCUUGCAAGCGGCCAAAAAGGAGUUGAACGAUCUCAAAGCAUCCAUUGAUGCUCAAAAUCAAAAACUUGACGAUGUGAAAAAUUCUGGGCAAGUUUUGGGCGAUAAGGAAAACCAAUUGGAAGAGCUGAGAAAAAUGGUGAAAAUGAGCGAAGGAAAUCUUAAGGAUGUUGAAAAGCGUAAUAAAACCUAUGAACGUUUCAAUAAAAAACUGGAAAAUCUUCAAAAAGAUUUGGUGGUGGUGCGUAACACCAAUGCUAAUCAGUUGGAGAAGGUGAAGCACAAGCGAAAAGAGCUCAAUGAAGCGAAGAAGGUUCAUGAUACUCAAACAGCCAACAAGUGUAAGGAAACGUGGCAGUUGGCGAUAAAACUAAGGAAAGCUCUUGAAGUUCAAAUGGACAUAACCAAGAAGUUGCAAAAGCAAAUUGAUGAACUCACAAAGAAUAAAAAAUAGAUUUCGAAAAUUA